AUGCGCAAAUUCUUAUUGUUAGUCUUGAGUACUCGAACUACUUCUUUAUCCAGAUAUUCGAGGCUUUUAUUAAUACAUUUCUUAAGGGCAGGAAGGAUGGUCCUUUCAAGAUGUCCUAGUCUUUAUUCGAGCAAGGCAUCAGAUGAUUGGACCCUUUCAAGAUGUUCAGACAAGGCAUCAGAUAAUUGGGCCUUUCAAGAUCCAAAAGAUACCUCUAAUAGUGAAGAGUCUUCGAAUAUAAUAAAUAAAGUUGCUUUAAAGGAUCAGGAUAUUGCUUUUAUAGAUCAGAAUAGUGGUUCAACUAUAGAAGAGAGUGAAGAAGAGGAU